UCAAGAUGAAAGUUACAUAUUUAACGAUUUGCCUGCUGGCUGUGCUCACAGCUGAGGUGUAUGGGGCUGUAUAUCAUGGCAACUACAAAAGCGAUGCUCAUCCGGGCAAAUGUGUAAUCGAUGAUAAAACCAUAUUGAGCGAGGGUCAAACCGUAAAUGUGAAUUGCGAGUCCAUCAGCUGCGGCAGUGGCGGUGAUGUAACCUUCGCCGGCUGUGGGGCCAAAGGCGUGCCGGAACCCUGUAAGCUGGGCGAUAGAAAAUAUCCAAAAGCUGAUUAUCCCAAGUGCUGCAUCAAUGUGGUCCAUUGUCCCGAUGGCGAUAGUGAAAUAUAG